AUGACUACAAAUAUGAAAAAGAUUAUUGUUGAAGUAAAUGCUGAAGCAAGUGUACAAAAAUCAAAUCGAAAAGGUCAUUUAUAUUGUGCAGUUAUUAUAGAUGCAGGAAGUACUGGAUCUAGAAUAUUAGCUACAGCUUUUAAGAAAAUCUUUAUUAAAAGAUCUACUCUGGAGGUGAUGUUUUGCUGUAGCGGUUUUGGUGAAAAAUAUUUUGAACUAUACCACUAUAUUUUUCAACGAACAGAAGGUGGUUUAUCUCAAUUUAUUGACGACAAACAAAAAAGAGAAAAUAUAAUACGUAAUUUAUUAGAGCAGGCUGAAGAUUUUAUGAAUGAAAAUCCUCGUUGUGGUAGAACACCACUUUUAUUGAAAGCAACAGCUGGUUUAAGAUUGUUAAAUGAAAAAGACCGCGAUGAAAUAAUCAAUCAAGCGAAAGAUAUUUUCAAUGAAUAUAGCAAAGUAUUUCAAGUAGAUGAAAAUUCAGUAGCUAUAAUGGACGGUGACGACGAAGGGCUUUUUGCAUGGUUCACAGUUAAUUAUCUCCUUGACAAUUUACAGGAUUUUGAAAGUACAGAAACAAUUUUAGAUUUAGGCGGCGGAUCUUUACAGGUCACCUAUUAUUUACCUAAUUAUAACUUACAUCAUUUCUUCUAUAAUACAAAAUAUGUGAUAGAACGUAUAAUUACGGGGAAAAGAAGACAUUUUUAUAAUCAAAGCGGUGCAAAUUUAAGUACUCAUAGUAUUGAAAAUUACAACAAAUGUUGGGCCGCUAUUCAACCUAUAGUUGUAAAAACUGUGGGAGAACUGAAAGAUAAAUCAAUCAAUUCAGUAAUAGCGAUUUCUUUUUUUUACGACGUGGCUUAUAACGCUCAACUCAUACAGAAGACUGGACAAAAUAUACGUAUUGAACGAUUUGAUGAAGCUGCAAAAGGAUUGGGUAUUACUAAAGAUUCUAUAAUUUCUUUGGAUAAAUUCAUUGGUGAUAUUGAAUUGAGCUGGGCUCUUGGAGCUGCUUAUGAACAUUUAAUAGACGAAUUUUAA